GUCAAAAUGGCAUACGGUGGAUUUUCCUCACAUUUUGGGUUCCAAAACAAGCCGAUUUUAGAUGAUUUAGAAGGAGUGACGUGUUCAAUAUGCCUUGAAAUAUACCACAAUCCCGUGUUGAUAUCCUGUGGGCACAUAUUUUGUAGCAGUUGUUUAGAUCCCUACUCUCAUCUUGCUGAACCACAGUGUCCGUUGUGUCGCUUGGUAUUUGACCCCAAGAAGCAGGCAAAAGCUUCUGACGUUGAGAAGAGAAUCUCUUCUCACAAGACAGUAUGCAAGCAAUGUAAAACGAAGGUGACUGUGUCGAAGCUGCGUUCACAUCUUCCUACAUGUUCAGCCGUCACUGGGAAUAGACCAGAGCCAUUUCAACCUGCCUCUCCCACAGGACAGCCACUUCCAGUUGAUGUGCCAAAUCGUUCGACAUUCCAGUGUCCAUACUGCGGAGUCGCAAACCUCACUAGCAAUGAUCUGCUCACACACUGUAAUGAACUUCACAAGGACAGCCAUGCUAAAGUUGUGUGCCCUAUUUGUAGUUCCAUGCCGUGGGGUAUACAGGACAUGAAAAGUUCAAAUUUUAUCAGUCAUCUGAACCUGAGGCAUAAAUUUGAAUACGACACAUACGUGGACUUUGAUAAAGAUGAUGAUGCAAUGUUGCAAGCUGCACUCAAAGCAUCGAUGGAUCACACUUGAAUGUAUGUUGGACCAGAAGAUGCUGCAGUUUAGACAAUGAGGAGAAUGUACUAUAAAAAGUGUAUGAACUCUAACCAUAUGUUCAUAAACGAAAAACUGUAAGAAUGACAUUUAAUUCUUCAUGGUCUGAAGGCAACUGUCUGUAGCCAACGUCAACGAAGGAAUUUUCCCAAAAGAGUUGCAAUGUAUCACAUUUUACGGAAGAGGGGGUGGGGGUAUUUGUGUCCUCUUGUUAUCUUCACAGGAGUUACUUUCUUGUUAGUGUCUUUGUCUCUCACCUUUUGUAAAUUUCACUGUUUGAUGUAUGUGUUGUGUUUGCAAUAUAUUUUGAGAUUUUUGUAAAAAAAAUUGAUCGAAGAGUUUGUUUUUCAGAUGCUCUGUAUAUUGGGCACUUUUAGGAAAAAUGACAUGUAGGUAGCAACAAUGAUGUGCAUUUGAAGUGUGUGUGGCAAGGAAAUCCUUUGGAAAAGUUAUAAUUGAAGUGAUAGUUCAUUUUGGAACCUUUGUAGAACAUCAUUUGUUUCUCCCCUUGGUGCUAAUUUUUGUUAUUACAGAUAUCUAUUUGUAGGACUUGAGACAAUAAAUGCUUGUUUUUAUUUUUUGAGUAAUUUUCUGUGUGAUUGAAUGUUGAAAGAGAGGGAAUUUCAUACUCAUGGUACCAACGGUGGGGGGGGGGGGGGGGGAGUUUAUCUUCGAGAUAUGAUUCCUGAUCAAAUGUUAAAAUGUUCAUUUUCUGGCACUGUCUACUUCUUACAUCUGUUCCUGGCCAACUCAUUAAAUGGCAGAAUCUAACUGUAUAAUGUCUCUUUAUUUUCUCUUUGGUGUCUAUUAUUCAUUUUACAUAUUUUGUGAAUUAGAUCAGUCAUGUACAUGUAAAUAUGUGUCUCCCUUUAUAGCAUAUUAGAAUAAUGAUGAGUGUUUUGAUUCUCCUCCUACCAUUCAAAUAAACAUUCUAAAAGGUCUUGAUCACAUGAUAUUGACAAUAAUUGUUAUGGAAAAUAUGUGAAGCCUUGUUUGAUCACAGCGAUCCUCCAUGUCACAACCUACACUUGUAAUCAGAUUAAAACCAACCAGUCCUCAGUUGAGAAACCAAGGACCGCUUGGUUUUACUUUGAUGACAAGUGUUCUCUAUGAGCCCUAUUAGAAUAGAAAUUAAUCCUCGCUGUAGGUCCUUGGUUGUCUAUACAACUGGUUUAUUGCCAGACGAACAAAACGUUUCAAAGACUACACUUCUUCACUUAAAACAUUAUAUUGAAGCCCUUGCUGGUGCCAAUUGUACUGACAGUGUAAAGUCAGAUGACAACCUAUAUCGUAGUUGAUAUCAGACUAUAAACCCUAAACUUUAAACUUAAACUUUAAACUUUGACACUAUGCCAUAUAUUUCACUACUGGUACAUGUAAAUUCUAUGUUCCAUCCAAUUCAUCAUUGUACAAGUGCUAGAAAUGUUUGCUUGUAGUUGUUCAUGAAGUUUUAUAUGCUGAAGACUU